CGAGUUUAUAUGGUCCAGAGAAUUCAGCAAGCAGCCUUGAUAGAAGUUUCAACAUCGCUUCAAGCCAAGAGGACGAUGAUGGGAUGGCUUUUGCUCUCCCAGACCUUCAUUUCCUCAAUGGUGUAGUGAAGGAGAACAUACCACUAACAUCAUACAUCACAACAAGGAUUGUUGACUCCUUAUUUCAAGAAAUGAUUGCACACACAAUGUAUCCGUCUCACAAGUUUUACCAGGGCGCUGCAUCCAUGUUAGUGUGCCGCUACCCAGAGCUUGCUGACCCGUGUGGCAGUGGACAUGCUUCUUGGGUUGUGAUGCUGCGGCAAAAGUUCAAAAAUGAACGACGGAAGCUGGCCACGGAUAGAGUGGUAAUUAACCGUCAGAAAUAUGGCACUGCAGCAAAGCGGCCAAGAACAUCCAAUGGUGCUGCUCCCGAAGUAUUGCAGCGUGGAAAAGUGGGACCCGUUUUGUCACAACGUUUGGUGCCCAGUGGAGAAGACAGCUGCAGUCUUGCACACCAUGAAGCCUGGCUGGUUGCCGAAUGUAAAAAGGCAAACCCUGACAGGCCGCAAAUUCUCUCCAGGCUGCAACUGACACACUCUGCGAGGGUAAAGGAACUGUGCCGGAUGUCACCUGUGGUAGCCAUGGAGAAGUAUCCGUACCUGGCGGACAUAGAAUGGUUCCUUGAAGACUUCAACAUCCUUAUAAAGAAGGAUGGCGCAAAAAGUGUUGAAAGCGGCUUCGAGAAGACGCAGUGCCUCGCUUUGAGAGGAGUAUUGGGGGCCAAAAAGAAAGACAUAACGCGUGUUAUUGAGGCCCACACUUCAAGUGGUUCAGCAAGGCGCAGGAAGCAUAUACAGGCUGUGCGAAUCCUGCAGCUCCUAUCCAAAAUUUUGAAUGAGCCCAAGGCAGUCGACACAAUGUUUGUGCAUAUGGAUGAAGACAAGCCAUGUACACCCUGCGUUGUGUACUGCGGCAAUACCCUUGAAGCUGCUGAUGAGCUCUUCUUGUUUGCCGAGAAGAGGCAGCUGGCUAGAGUCAUCGAUGCAGAGGAGGGCACCACUGCCAUGAUGGCUGCCUAUUGGGCUUUUGACUUCAGUUACGCCAAGCAAGCAUAUAAUAUAUCCUGUGUGUUAGAGCACCUCUUUCUAAAUGUGAAUGUAUCACUCCCAAAAUGUGUUGCAAGAAGGUUUAUUUCCGCUCAUAAAGCGGAAUACGAGAAGUAAGGUACCAAUAAA